AUGAGGUUUUCUACUAUCUUGCCCUUGAUCGGUGCACUUUCGGCUCUAUUUGAACAAACAGAAGCACGAUCACAGGCCUCAGAAGCUAUUCGACGGGUGACGCCCGUUGACAAUGCCAUCAUUCGUACUCCUUCGCAUAAAAUAGAUCACCUGUCGCAUUUUGAUAUCACCUUCGCCUUACACCAAGACGGCAAGCGCAUAAAGCUAGAACUCGAGCCCAAUCAUGAUAUCUUGGCCGACGACGCUUACGUGCAAUACGUCGGUAUUGAUGGCUCAAUAACACACGAGGAACCAAUCAAGCGACACGAACACAAAGUCUACCAAGGCCGUGCCUUGGUAGGAUCCGGCAAGGGAAGAUGGACCCCCGUGGGGUGGGCAAGAAUCACCGUUAAAAGAGAUGGCCUGGAGCCUCUCUUUGAGGGUGCUUUCAGUGUCAACAAUGACAAGCACCACAUUGAGUUGCAGUCGAACUACCUUGACAAGAAGCGCCCGAUCGAUGCCGAUGUUGAACCCAGAGAUGGGGAAUCUAUGAUCAUCUACCGUGACUCCGACAUGUUUCACUAUAAGCACUCUGAGCUCAAGCGGUCGCUUCCCGUAUCCGAGGGCUGCGGUGCGGAUCAACUUGGGUACAAUGCUGAUCUGUCCAGUUCGAUUUUCGGGUAUGAUCUGGACGAAGCAGAUAGUCCGUGGGGUGUUGCCUCGUUGAACUCAAUGUUUGGAUUGGGAAAGCGACAGUCGUCAGAUGUUGGCGGUGUCUCCGGCAACACUGGUGGUGUGAAUCUGAAAACGACCAUCGGCGAUACCAGUGGAUGUCCUAAAACGAAGAAGGUCGCCUUGAUUGGAAUUGCAACUGAUUGUGAAUUCACCGAAUCGUUCAUGGCUACCAACUCCACCCCCAGGGAAGCGGCCAAGGACUGGAUCAUCAACGUGGUGAACACGGCUUCAAAUCUCUAUGAGCAGUCUUUCAAUGUGUCCAUUGGUUUGCGUAAUCUUACCAUCUCCGAGACAGGCUGUACCAGCUCGGGAUCUUCUGCUACACCAUGGAACGUGGAUUGCGAGGGCGGAAAUGUCAGCUGGCGCUUGAAUGAAUUCUCCAAGUGGCGUUCAACUCAUUCAGAUGACAAUGCCUACUGGACUCUGAUGACUAACUGCCCAACAGGCAGCGAGGUUGGAGUUUCAUGGAUGGGCCGUCUAUGCUCCUCCGAACUGGUUACCUCUGGGGAAAACUCUGUGGCCGGUGCCAACGUUGUAGUGCGCAAUUCUGGUUCUUCCUGGCAGGUGUUUGCCCACGAGACUGGCCACACCUUUGGAGCAGUGCACGACUGCGACGAAGACGCCUGCAAUAACAGCUUAGAAGCCUCGUCUCAAUGCUGCCCUCUGAGUUCGUCGACCUGCAAUGCCAAUGCGCAAUACAUCAUGAACCCAUACGCUGUGAACUCCAUGACUAAGUUUUCGCAAUGUACCAUCGGUAACAUUUGCUCUGCUAUUGGCAAAAACAGCAUCAAGUCCUCCUGUCUAUCCGACAACCGCGGCGUCGUCACCAUCAGCGGCAGCCAGUGUGGCAACGGCAUCGUCGAAGGCGACGAGGAGUGUGACUGCGGCGACGAAGAAAGUUGUAGCGGCAACUCCUGCUGCGAUCCAAAGACCUGCAAGUUCAAAGACAGUGCCGUCUGCGACGACGCCAACGACAGCUGCUGCAACCAAUGUCAGUUCGCCUCUUCCAGUACCGUCUGCCGCGCCAGCACCGGAGAAUGCGACAUCGCCGAGACAUGCAGUGGAAACUCAAGCUCCUGUCCCAUAAAUAAAUACAAAGAUGACGGUGCCAGCUGCGGUGACAAGGACCAGGGACUCAGCUGCGCCAGCGGCCAAUGCACCAGUCGCGACUACCAGUGCCGCACAGUGGUAGGCACCGUUCUGAACAUUAACGACACCUGGGCCUGCGAAAACACAAAUAGUCCCUCCUGCAGUCUCGUCUGCGGCGCACCCUCACUACCCCACCCGUUCGGUACCUCGGAGUGCAUCGGCAUGAACCAGAACUACCUCGACGGUACACCCUGUGAUGCCGGCGGCCGCUGCAGUGCAGGCCAGUGCAAGGGCUCCUCGGCCCUGGGCUGGAUUCACCAGCACGAGAAGCUGGUUAUUGGUAUCUGUGUUGGCGUCGGAUCGCUGAUUGUGCUUGCUAUCUUCUUCUGCAUCUAUAGUCGCUGCAAGCGCAGUUCACAGAUACGCAAAGCCCGCAAGGCCAACCCCCCUGGUACAUAUCGCCGUUAUAAUGGGCCCCAGCCUUCUGCUCACCUGCCAAUGGAUCAGUGGCAUGGAUACCGCAAUGCCGGGUAUCAGAAUGUACCUCCCGGAUAUCAGAAUGUGCCUACUGGGUACCAGAAUGCGCCUGCUGGGUAUCCGAAUAUGCCUGCUGGGUAUCAGAAUAUCCCCCCCGGGUAUCCGAAUGUGCCCGCCGGUUAUCAGAAUGUGCCUCCACCUGGCGCCCCGCCACGAUACUCAUGA